AUGAAGCAGCUCAAGCCUCGUCGAGGCACCGGCGGUGACGAGGAAGCGGCUGCGGGGGUGGUGGUUCCGCUGACGCCGCGCAAGGAGGACUACUGCUGCUGGUCGUGGUCGUGGUCGUCGUGGUGCCUGCUCAAGGCCUUCACCCUGCUCCUGGUCCUCCUCACCGGCGUCCUCAUCGGCUUCGCGGCCAGCGCCAACAUCUCCCGCUACUACUACUACACCACCUUGCUAACGACGACGACGACGCCGACGACGCCAGCAUCGUUGAUCUCUACCAACAGCCCGACGCCGAUGGCGAUGGCGGAGCAGCAGAUGAGCCAGCCGUUCAUGUCGUUCGUGCACCCGGGUUCGCCGGAGGGUCACUCGAUGACGGACGCGGAGCUCUUCUGGCGGGCGUCGAUGGUGGCCCGCGUGGAGGAGUACCCGUACCAGCGUGUGCCCAAGGUGGCGUUCCUGUUCCUGACCCGGGGCCCGCUGCCGUUCGCCCGGCUGUGGGAGCGCUUCUUCCGCGGGCACGAGGGUCUCUACUCGGUGUACGUGCACGCGCUGCCGGAGUACGUGCUCAACGUGUCGGCGACGUCGCCGUUCCACGGGCGGCAGAUCCCCAGCCGGGACGUGUCGUGGGGUUCCAUCACCCUGGUGGACGCCGAGAAGCGCCUGCUGGCCAACGCGCUCCUCGACCACUCCAACCAGCGCUUCGUCCUCGUCUCCGAGAGCUGCGUGCCGGUCUUCAACUUCCCCACGGUGUACGAGUACCUCAUCAACUCGGCGACGAGCUACGUGGAGUCGUACAACAUCGACGUGCCGCAGUGCGCGGGGAGGUACAACCCGCGGAUGGCGCCGGACGUGACGGAGGAGCAGUGGAGGAAGGGGUCAGAGUGGUUCGAGCUCAGCAGGGAGCUGGCGGUGGACAUCGUCGCCGACCGACGCUACUACCAUGUCUUCCGCAAGCACUGCACGCCGUCGUGCUACCCAGACGAGCACUACAUCCCGACCUACCUACACCUGGUGCAUGGACCGCGCAACGCCAACCGGACCAUCACAUGGGUAGACUGGUCCAGGGGAGGACCGCACCCGGCACGAUACGGAAAGGCAUCCGUCACCAGGGAAUUCAUACAGGCCAUACGCAACAACGGCACCCAGUGCCUCUACAACGGACGACCCACAACCGUCUGCUACCUCUUCGCACGAAAGUUCGCGCCCAGCGCGCUCGGCACACUCAUCAACCUCACCACCACCCUACUCGACUUCUAG